AUGGUUGAUCGGAUAAAAUGUGAACAACGACCGACAGAUUUUUGGCACGAAUUGCUUGUAAAGCAUUCACAACAACAUCUCAUAGAGAGCAUUAAUCUGGCUGAAUUGUUUUCGGGACGCAAGACUGUUUUGACAGAUAAACCUAUAUCUGGAGUGCCUGCCAAGAGUCCGACGACACUUUCAAAUGUUUCUGACAGAAAGCUGGGGAAGAUGCAUUGCGUUUGUAUUGCUCUUCUAGUAGCCAUGCUAACUAGGAAUUCACAAAAAUAUCUGCUUCCAAUUCUUACAUGCUAUGCGAAGCUAGAUCGACUUGGUGAUGCUUUGACUACAUUAAAGAAACUAAAAGACUCCGGUGAUAUCGAGGGCUGGGAGUCAGGCCUCCUUCAUUUGCAGUAUAUUUCCAGCCCUGAGGCACUUUAUCGCGUCGCCCUGGGAACCUACGAUCUAAGCUUGGCCAAAGCCCUAGCAGAACGUACCCAGUUAGAUCCUAAAGAAUACCUUGCAGAAUUGGCUAGUCUGAUGAGCUUAACCGCUACUUUUGAGCCAAAAUCUCCAUCUUUUGGCAAAACCAUUUCCUCUAUCUCUACUAAUCCUGUCGACCCUGCCGGACCUCUCACAACUAUUGCGUCUUCAACCAUACCUACUUUUAGCACUACUACCAAUUUUGUAAACGUACUCACACAUGAGCAGAAGGUGUCCUUCCAAAAGGCACAGAUCGAUAUCAUUCUUGGAAGAAUUGAGCUCGCUAUCCGUAAUUUGUAUGAAUCCGGUAAAUUGCUUUUGUGUUUAUGCCUUGCUAUACUAUCGACAGCUUUUGAUCGAUGUCACUAG